GCCGCGGAGUUCUGGAGCAUGCGCAGAAGGGCGUCGGAGGCGGGCGGCGUGGAAGGAGCGAGCGCCGCGAUGGCGAGCGGCGCCCGCGCGGGCCUGUGAGGGCCCCGGCCCCGGCGUGGCACCGGCGAGGCCCCGGCGAUGGCCGCCAGCCUGUGGAUGGGAGACCUCGAGCCCUACAUGGACGAGAACUUCAUCUCCCGAGCCUUCGCCACCAUGGGGGAAACCGUGAUGAGCGUGAAAAUUAUCCGGAACCGCCUCACCGGGAUCCCAGCGGGCUAUUGCUUUGUAGAAUUCGCAGAUUUGGCUACAGCAGAGAAGUGUUUGCAUAAAAUUAAUGGAAAACCCCUUCCAGGAGCCACACCUGCAAAACGUUUCAAAUUGAACUAUGCCACAUAUGGGAAGCAGCCAGAUAACAGCCCUGAGUACUCGCUCUUUGUGGGGGACUUGACUCCGGACGUGGAUGAUGGCAUGCUGUAUGAAUUCUUCGUCAAAGUCUACCCAUCUUGUCGAGGAGGCAAAGUGGUGUUAGACCAGGCAGGCGUGUCCAAGGGUUACGGGUUUGUGAAAUUCACAGAUGAGCUUGAACAGAAGCGAGCCUUGACGGAGUGCCAGGGCGCAGUGGGCCUGGGGUCUAAGCCCGUACGGCUGAGUGUGGCCAUCCCGAAAGCGAGCCGUGUCAAGCCAGUGGAAUAUAGCCAGAUGUACAGUUAUAGCUAUAACCAGUACUAUCAGCAGUACCAGAACUACUACGCCCAGUGGGGCUAUGACCAGAACACAGGCAGCUACAGCUACAGCUACCCCCAGUACGGCUACACCCAGAGCACCAUGCAGACUUAUGAAGAAGUCGGCGAUGAUGCGCUUGAAGACCCCAUGCCGCAACUAGACGUGACAGAGGCCAACAGGGAGUUCAUGGAGCAGAGCGAGGAGCUGUAUGACGCCCUAAUGGACUGCCACUGGCAGCCCCUGGACACAGUAUCUUCUGAGAUCCCUGCUGUGAUGUGAUGGGCAGGACUAGAAUGGACUAAGCCUUUUUUAAAAAUUGUGAACUUUUUAUCUUUCUGGGAAUACAAUUCCUAAGAUUUCACUGA